AUGGCUACUGUACACACGCAUGGAGUUGCUGAAAAGGAAGCGACGAAGCUUAUGCUCCGAGAGUUACCUAGCGGAACCGUGCGAUACGUGUCCAACUUCACUCCGCUCCAGAGCUUCAUUGGACUCAUCAUCUGCGACAAGACUCCAGACGCUACCAACGCCCGCGCGCUACCGGUUAACGAGCUGCUCGCGCUCGCACUGAACGAACUGGCCGCCAGCCAUAGAUCGCCGGACACAAAUGCAGAUUUCGAAGAGAGGGCCAAGCAGUCGUCACGGAUCAGCAAGGUCGGAUCCGGAGGCUUUUUCCAGCAUCUCCCCAAUCGCGACAUGGCGAGCAAGGUGGCUGAGCGUCACAGCGCUUCUAGCCUAGGGCCGUCCUUUCCAGCUCUCAUCUACAUGAAUUUCGCAUGGAGUGCGCAGAGCGUCGCCAACUUCGAGCAGAGUUCCCAACGCACCCGAUACAUGGCCAGCGACUACCUUAACAAUCGACCAUCGCACGCGGUUCCCAUCAGUGCUUUUCAGGUCGCAGCGCACAAGACGUACCCGCUUUACAAAACCGAACACGACUCAUACGUCAUCAUCGUAACUUCUACCUACAUUUACCUUCUACAGAACCAACAGCUCGAAGAGAUUGUCCAACUAUGGAACCCGAAGAAGCGGAAUCCGUCCGGUGCGGAUCGCAGCCAUCAGCUCGAGACAUUUCCGGGUCUGUGGAAAGACGACCCUUCAGAUCAGGAAGCCCUGCAUGCGAUAUCAACAGCCAUGGACUUCGGCUACGUUAACACCAACGUCGUGGCUGUACUCAUCCCUCUGUCAGAAGAUGCGCGCAGAAGCGUUGAUCAGGGUACAAAUGCCCAAUACGCUGACUGGACUGACAACGUCUUGCCCGAGGGCCUACUCGCGCGCACACACCAGCGUCUCAUCAAACUGUCGUUUGCGGCCUUUGCAGGCCGGAGAUCGUUCACGUUUGGCAGCUCGCGAAUCAAACACUAUCAACUUCCCCUUUCUUCAACUGCCUUGGUCGAUAUUAGCGAGCUGCAUUUUACUCUCUUCAUCCACGAAGCCGACGGAACCUUGUGGGUUCGAAAUGCGUCGUUGCACGGCACACGGAUACGCGCGGCUUCAAUUGACGAAGGCCCGAGUGUGGACCUUCAGCGGGUGGCCAUGCAGGUCUCUCAGAGGACUUUCCAGGUCGAACUACAUCUACAGGCCAUGGCGGGUCAUUCCCUUCUUGAUCGGUUACAUCCCCUCAUCGUUCAGAAUAAGGGAGCACGUCACGAGGCCGAGAUUUUCGAUGCAUUGAUCGAGCACCCUCGUGCCGUCCGUUCGUUCGAAUUUGCCCCGGUUGAUGGCGCUAUUGACUGCGGCACACAAAACUCGCCUCUGGGCGGCACAUACAGUGAGCGAUUCUGGGAGCUGGAUCAAUUGUACAACGAGCUUCACAACGAGCUUGACACCGCUAGUGGAGACGAAUGCAUGGCACUCACACUCUUUGACGCAAAAGGCAAAGAAUCUGGCAGCGCUCAAAAUCAGAUCUACGUUACUGCUCUUAAGCAACGGAAUCUGGUCCAGUUCUACAUCUGCAUGUGCGCAGCGAACCCCGGAUUUGUCGAACUCUACCCAAACUACUAUGCUGGAAGUCUGACUGCUGGGGACGAUCCAGGCCGUUAUGUCGCAGUCAACCUGUCACGCAAGUCUAUCGUUGGUCCCGAGUCCUAUCGAUUCCUCAGUCCCUGCAAUGCUCCCUAUCGCAUGCCCAUAGCCCUUCUCACCGAGGCCAUUUCCCGCAUUCGGGCAUGUGUUAUGGACCCGGAAAGUGUUUACGCAAACCCGUAUACGAACACUCGUUUUCCGCAGUGGCGACCAAGUACUGUUACUACCAACAAGUACUUGAUGCCCGAAGAGAGUACCCAGCACGCAACAGGAUUCAUCGGCCUCGUCGAUAUUUGGAGGGGCAUACGCGUAGCUAAGACUACUAGCCACAUCGACAUGGACUUUGACUUUGUCAACCUGCAACCAAGACUAGCAGACUUUAAAUUGCUUCUCCCAUCCUGCCCUCCUACGCCAACUCGCAGGCAGGUCUUUGUACAGUACAAGAUCGACGCAGUGCAAAGAGCACGCCACAACACGAAAAUUGCGAUAGGUCGGACUGGAAACAUCGGUACACAUUGGUACUUUACCGAUACCGAACGGUUUGACUUCCUGUGGUACGAGUUCCGCUACACUGAGUCGAGCACCAAAGUUCUGAGCAAGGAAUUCUACUUCAUUCCUGAAUGUGAGCUUUCUGAUACGCUGUAUACCUCGCUGGAAUUACACGUUACUCUCGAUAAAGACAGGUUUCGCCACUUUCACUCGAGCAUGGACGUGCAGGGCGACUGGGUAAGCUUCGUCCAGCAAAUAGUGCAGCGAUACCCAAGCCCACGCAGGUCUCAGAGGCCAUCGCGACCCCAAGUUCUAGAAGACUACAGCCAAACCCCCACACCAGAUCGGAAGGUCAAUAGCGUACGACCGCGUGACAGCAAAUGGUUUUCUCGUAAAUUCUUCCAUGGUGUCAUGACGCAAUGUGCGUUACGGAGAAAGGGUCUCCUGGUAGUGUUGUCCCCACAGUUUCCCAUGCCCAACUUCGCUUUCUGUCGCUACCAAUGGACGCAAGACGAUGCGGAGACAUACCUCAGAACCAAGAUACCGCCCCUGUCACUCAGCGACCUUGGCCCGUCUACGCCCGUUGUACUUACCUACGCCAUUACAAAAUAUAAAGCUGGGUCAUCUCGUGGCCCUAUCCUCACUCCGUUCGAGUUUAAACGGCUAGAUGCGUGGACUGAAUGUCAAGUCUUGUUCUUCGACAUGUUCGGAAGAGAUGGCAAGGACAUUCUUGGCCCACUUAUAGCGAUACCUUCCGACGACGUCAGCAUAUCAGAGGAACAUCGUCAGAAGUACAAGGUUGACCUCGGAAAGAGUACGAGAACGGAUUACUUGAGCCGGAGUCCUUUGCUUGCGCAGCAACUUCACACUCGGUACACUUUAGCAGACUACACCCUCUCCACUCUUGGUCCGAUGAUCUUUGAAGAGACAGCGCCUCAAUCUCAAUGGUCUGAUGUGUGGGAGCUUCUGGAUGCAUGUUCAGGUGUCGCGAGCUUUGCAUUUCCCCCUGGUGCGAUACGAGAGCCACACAAGUUUCGUGUGACUAUCCAAGACCUACAUCAGCGCCUGGCCGACUACCACGCUAGCGUAGAAGGCCGGCAACUUUUGGCGGCACACCCGAUCGAUGGCUCGCAAGUUGGAGACGAGGAGAAUGAGGUGUAA